AUGUUACACACAGCAUUUGCACUAUGCCUUAUACUCAUCACAGUUUCUUCCAAUCUUGCCAUCGCAAUCAAAAAGGAAAAGAGACCACCUCAGACUCUCUCAAGAGGGUGGGGAGAUGACAUAACUUGGGCACAAACUUAUGAAGAAGGUCUCUUUCAUGCUCAGCAAAGUAACAAGCCAUUGAUGGUUAUUCAUCACUUGGAGAAUUGUCAAUAUUGCCAAGCACUAAAAGAAGUAUUUGCACAAAAUGAAGAAAUACAAGAAAUGGCUCAGAAUAAUUUCAUCAUGCUGAAUGUCAUGCAUGAGACCACUGAUAAGAAUUUAUCACCUGAUGGGCAAUAUGUGCCUAGAAUCAUGUUUGUGGAUCCUUCUUUAACAGUCAGAGCUGAUAUAAUUGGAAGAUACUCUAAUAGACUGUAUACAUAUGAACCUCAGGAUUUACCAGUAUUGAUAGAAAACAUGAAGAAAGCAUUAAGACUUAUUCAAUCAGAGUAG